AUGCAUCCCUCCGCGUUCAUAACCCUUCUAGUCGUAGGCAUCGCUAGCGCUGGUUCCUUGGACAGGCGCGACUCUUUUGACUGUGCUGGAAGCGGCUUGUGCGGCUCCGCGGUCAACUUUGUUCGGGACUGCGAUAUUGCCGUCAACACAGUUCUGAUCCGAAACGACGAUAUCAACUACGGCGCUGCCGGAAGCAACAAAGCGGACGGUGCGCAGCGUGGUCGCUGCAAGAUUUUUAUCGCUGGUCCUCGCGACUGCCAGCGAUCGGGGAACCAGAUGUGGCAGGAUUACCAGGAAAUUCGGGGACAUGGAUGUGCCCGUUGCGGCAGCAAGCAUUGGGGUCAGGAUAACGCCUGUCGAACAACGGUCAACUACGUUGCAUGA